AUGGAGGGCUCCAAACUGGCCAAUGCGGUCUUUUGGAAGCGAAGCAAGUGGCGCCUGGAUGACUGGGAAUGCAUGGAAUGCAGAUUAGGAUGUCUCCAAGUGACCUUCGUGCCAGCGUUGGCAACGGAGCAAGCGCCCCUCACUGUGGUGAACAUCGGAGCGGCGUGUGAAGAGGAGUUUGCUCAAUGUUUGGGGUCUGCGCAGGCAAUGCUGGCAUCUGCAAGUGUGGUUUGUGCAACGACAGGCAUGGACAUCUCAGAUGGAGCAAAGCAACUGUUCAAAGCACAGGGUUGCGAGCAGCUUCGAAGUGUGCAUAAGGAGGUCUUGGGCAAAGAGCUUCCGUGGACUGAGGUAGUGGACAAGGAGCAACUGAGGUGCUCGGAUGGUGUUUGGAUCUCGGAGCCACUCAUGGCCUUAGCGGCCUUGGAUGGCCAUGGAGCGCCACCCAGGGAUGGUACUGGUGAAAUUUGUCGGCAAACUCUGCCUUUGGACCAUUUGCUCUCCUUGGUUGUACUUCAGAAUAGGCAUGCCCAAGAUGCUUUGAUGGCCAAUCUGAGCAUGUGCUGA